UUGGAUCCGAUCAGCAUUCAGUUGCAUCGAAACUUCAGAGCCGCGCGGUUCUUCUGCCAUGAGCUACUACUACUCAUCUGCGUCCGAAGAGGACUGCAGCUCCCAGUACCUUGGCAGUCCGAACUACAACCUGGCUGGCAUUUCCGCUGCCACGCAGGAUUACGUCCAGACAUCCUACCUAUCGCCCGAAUGGCAAUUCCUGGAUGCCUCGGCUGGAGCCCAACUGGUCACCAUUUCCUCUGCCUCCUCUGUGCAAAUCGCAGCGCAGUCGGAUCUCAACACAUUGGAACCACACCCUGGCAGGCGUCGCCAGGAUAAGUCUGGGGAGUCGUCGGAUGACCAGAAAAAUAGCUCCGGAAGUCAACAGGCCCAUCUCAGUCCCACAGUCCAGAAGCGGCGAAGGCAGGCGGCCAAUGCCCGGGAAAGGAAACGGAUGAAUGGGUUGAACGAGGCCUUCGAUCGCCUGAGGGAAGUGGUGCCCGCUCCAUCCAUCGACCAGAAAUUGUCCAAGUUCGAGACCCUACAAAUGGCCCAGUCCUAUAUUCUGGCCCUGUGUGACCUUCUCAACAAUGGAGAUGUGGAGGUGGAUGCGGCUGCCUACUCGAUCUUCGGCAAUGGCAGCAGCAGCGAGAGUAGCUUUGGAAUCAGCGGAGGGUCCUCCUAGUAAUUGGAUACUCUAAUUCUCUUUCUGUAUUUAGCGUUAAGCUUUGUGAUUUUCAUCUUACUGUAGAAUAGUCUAAAGAUAAAAGAAAAUAAAUAAAACGAUAUAAGUUAACUUAAAAUUUAA